AUGCUUGAGCUAGGUCAUGCGGCGGCAGAUGAGGGCAUGGCCAUCAUGAGCGACAUGAUCAAUGGCUUCCUUCAGCUGGAGGCUGCUCUGGCAGAACACCUGAGCAAUCAGCCCAGCACCACAGCCGUGGAGCUUUCCUUCAAUGCAAGGAAUCUGGGAAUCCUGUUGCUUCCUACGCUGCUCGAGUGCACACUAGCCGGCAUCACCAAGUGCUGGGAUUGUGACUGGGGCAUCCUGGGACGGCAACUCCAGGCUUUGCAUGACCUGGUCUUGAAAAAGCCGCUUUUGGACCAUGCAGCGAUGGCCCUCUUACAGCUCAUCUGGCUACGUGCCCCGAUGCUCCUCCCGGCCGAAGAGAAGGGGAGAGGGAAGGCAAGGCCCGGAGGGGUCCAAGGAAUGCCAAUGGCAAAAUGCAUUUAUGGUUUGGCUUGCCUGUCUCAGGAGAUCCACGACACCCUGGUGGUAGAGGGCAUGGAGCAGGCAAAUGCCGAGGAGAUUCAGCUGAUGGCGCACGUCCGCCGGGAAGUCCUUCAGCAUCUGGGCCAGAAGAAGUACAACAAACGACAGCUGCCUGCGGCGGUAGGCUGCCAGCGAAGCUCGAUUGCACGUGCUAGCAGGCAAGCCGCCGUCCGGACAGGUCUCCGAGCCCUCCGCGCCGAAGAAGCGGCCGAGUGCAAAUCGUCAAUCUUCGCCGAAGAAGAGGCGCACGACCGACCAGCAGAUUGUGCCAGUGGGAGCACAGGAGCUUUGGAGAUGUUUGUGGAAGGCAUGUUUGAUUCGUCCUUGUCUGAGAUUGAAUCCUUCAUGGCUGCCCUGUUGGACAAGUUCGGUUGCGAGCCGCUCGUGGGCUCCUUCAUGGAGCGGGUUGAGAAAGCCAUGGCAGCAAUGACGCUAGCUGCGACCAAGGGCUUCACCAAGGAGGCCAAGGAGGCGUCAGAUGCGGCGCUUGCAGCGGAAAAGAUUGCUGAUGUGAUGAUGAACUUCCAGAUCCUGCUCGGCUUCGGAAUGGAGGCCAAACAAGCCAUCGUCGACCAACUGCCGCAGCUGGUACGGCAUUUGCUAGAGACCUCUUCGUGGCCGGACUGCUGGCGGCAUGCCCUCUGCGACAUGCUCGAGCUGGUGAUUCACCAGAAGCUGGCCCGCGAGUCAUCCGCCUCGCUCUGGGACCAGGUCGGGCAGAAAUGGCUGGAGCAUGCCAACGCCAGCAGACUGACGGCUGUGGGUAGUUUGGCGACGGUGCUGGCGGGCGUAUUGGCCCAGAUGCCCGAUGCGAAAGCCGCCGAAAGCCUCAAAUGCAUGGAGAACCUGCGAUAUUCCGCGGCUUCCUGCUUGAUUUGCUUCCAGAAGGCCGACCCUCAGAAGACCUUGGACGGCAAGCUCGCCUUCAGCGACAUGAGUUCGGCUGAGGAGGACGAGGCACCGCGUUCCAGUCGACUUCGUCACUCCGACGAGACGUUGCACCUUGACGCGAGCGAUAGCAGUGAAGAGAUCGGGAGCGAGGAUACCUGCUCUCCGUCGGAGGGUGAGGGUGGCUCCGACCUCGAGAGCUUCGAGGACGAUGCAGCGGAGUUCAACGAUUGCGGCUUUCUUCUUGCAGACAGCCCACGGAAGCGGCAACGGUUCACCUCCGGCGCCGGCGCUGCCAGCUCUGAUCAGCCGACCAGCAGCAUGCGGCACAGGUCCAAUCUAGUCCCUGAUUGGAAAGAGCGUGUGAAGGAGAUCUUGAAGAAGCUUCCGGCAGGUCCAGAAACAUCGGGCAAGUCCGGAGCCGACUGCGAAGGGAACGACCCGUCCUCUGACAAGGCCGUUCGGACUGGCGAAGAUCUUCAGCCUGACAAAGAUCUUCCGACAGACGCCCUCAAAGCUGACGCAAAGUGCGACAUUCAGCUUCGGGCCGUAAAUGAAAUCAGUGUGCAAUGCUGA